CAAACUUGCCACGUUUGAACGUCUUUGUGGUCCAGGCCCCCUCCUGCUGCUGAAUGGCACCUGAGCAACGGCCUGGGUUUCUCAGGGACAGAAAGGUGGAGGCCCAGACUCCCGAGGGCUAGGGAGGUGCUAACUGAAUCAGUGCUGGGCCAGCAAGCAGCUCCUCUGUUGCAACCCUUGCCAGUCUGACAGGCUCCUGCAGAGGAGUUACAUCACUUCCUAAAAAUCAGGCAAACACCUCUCCUUCAAGUGAGCACCGACCCAAAGGAGCAGGAAACAGGAAAUGUGCGCGUCGGAGGGAGACCGGGGCUCCGCAGCAUCCUGAGCGCGGGGCGAGCCAGCUGACAUGACCGCGCUCUGUGUCGCCCUGGUCUUGGCCCUGGGACUCGCGCUCUGUCACUCCGACCAGGGCACUGAUGAGGAGUUGGAACACUCAGGAUACAGCACCACGGAAGAAGGAAUACUAGACGAGGAGACGACAACGAGUGCUUUGGCUGUCGGGACCACGGAAGUGUCAGCCACAGGCACAAAUUCUACCUCCACCGAGGAGACUGUCGAUCCCCCAGGCCAGCUGCAGUUUGUGUCAAUGGUGGUGGUCCCCCUGGCAGUGCUGGUCUUCCUUCUGUCCGUGAUUCUCAUCGCCAUCUACCUUAAAAGCAGGAGACCUAAACGAGAGCCUUCUAGCCAAGGAUCUCAAAGCGUCUUGCAGACGUAUGAACCAGUUGGUGAAAACCUGAAAGUCCCUAUUUUUGAAGAGGACACACCCUCUGUUAUGGAAAUAGAGAUGGAAGAGCUUGAUAAAUGGAUGAACAGCAUGACUAGAAACGCCGACUAUGAAGGUUUACCUACUUUGAAGGAAGAAAAGGAACCAAACCUCAGCCCAAGUGACAACGAAUCCUAAAUCUGAGCAGUGUUGAUGUUUUCCAAGAGCGCACUCCCUGAGGGCACUUGCUGGGCCUGCCAAGGGAAGAUGAAGAGGAGACACAUUUAAUUAAUUUCAAAUCAGUGUAGACACAAGAAGCUUUUGCUGUUUCUUCCACCACCCCUCUUCAGAAGAUGACAUCGUGGACUUGGAAGAAGGAAGGACUGAAGUCCUAGGAAAGGUCUGGCUGCCCGCCAUCGCACUCAGGGUGCAGGAGCGCAGAGGUGCUGGCUGUCCCCUCCUCACUGCCUUCUCCCCCCUCGUUCUGAUCACCCUUAAUUUGCCGUCACUGCUCUGCUUCACCCCUGAGGGUUCAAAUCAGGAAGCUGGUCCUCUUCCAGGUCACCUCACUAUCUAACAGCUUUGGAUAAUGUCCUUUCAUUAUUUAUGUCCUCUGACGGGUCAGCUCUGUUCAUCUGGGGACUUUUCUCACGUUACUUUAUGCCAUAGAAAAGACACCACACAAAGCCAAGUGUUUCGUAGCCACACCAUCCCAGGGAGCUGCUAAGCUUGUUUCUUACCUGCUAAGAAAACAUAGCAAGAAAGUGCACAGUCCUCACGGGAGAUCCUAGGGUGGCUCGUAGACAUGCACUCAGCCACACUCAGCCACGCUCAGCCACCUCUCCAUCACUUUUGGAAACUUUGUGGAAGAAAUAGCAAUAUUUAAAGGGAGAAGCAACAUUUUCCUUCUCCGCUAAGAUCGCCUCCAUUUGCAACAUCUCAGAUGCUGCUGUUCCCACCUCGUCUCAUCCCGCAGGCCUGGCCUGUGCUGUGCAGGCAUGGGGCAUGGAAUGCGUGCAGGCUGAGAUCAUCUGUCACCCUUCUGCAUCAUGGAGACCGUCAAGGCCGAACAAGAUAUAGCUGUCUCCGUGGCAGCUGUGGCUCACUGUGCUCUCCAGUCUCUCCUGCAGGAUACAGCCCUUCCUGUAGGGCUGCGAAGAGUCCCAGUCCUCAGCACGGCACUUCACUUCGAGGUGGCUAUCAGGUCAUCAGAGAAGGCAUUCUACAUGAGAUUACUUGACAUCCAUGCGCUAAAAACAUUGGAGCAAAAUGCAGACGGCCCCGUGAACCUCCUCUCUGUCAAGUCAGUCCCGUGUAGUCCUUAGCGUUCUAAUUCUGACCUCAGGAAGGCCGUCUAGCAAAUCGAGUCCUCAGCUCUCAUGGGAUGCUUGGUAUUUUAUUCCAGGAAAAGAAACAGAAUGAAAAUUUUAUUCUGCAAACCACAUAUAAGCCGAGGGGAGAUGAAGUGAACAGAACUUUUUGCUGCUGACUUUGGGGUCUGUGUUUGAAAGGCUGCCUUCACGCUCCACAGAGUGCCUU